AUGAUAAUUGCUAAAAAUAAAUUGGUUUUCCAUUUAAUAGAUCCACAAGGUGAAACCAUUAUACAUCCUUAUUCAAAAGCUGUUGUUCAAUUAAUUUUAAGUAGACAUUUAAGAUCUAUUAGAAGAGAUAUUGUUAAAUUAAGAAUUCAUACAAAUGAUCCAAGUUAUGGUCCUGUUAUUGAUUCUGUAACUCAAGAAGGUUUGGAUAAUUUAGAUUUUGAAAGCUCUAGGAAGCGUGACAAGGGAUAUUUUAAAACCAAUGAUGUUAUUUUCCCAUAUAAAGAUCCAGAUCCAAACAUUGAUCAAAGAAAUUUCCUUUUUGAUAAUAUUGAAGUUUCAAAUAGAUUAACCAAUAAGGAGAAAACGAGAAAAUUAGCUUAUUUGGUUAUCAAACAAUCAAGAGGUUCAAGAAGUGAUUUAUUGAAUAUCGAUCAAAAUUCAAGAGCUAAUGUCAAGAUUUCUACUUUACAUGUAUUAGUUAAAAGAUGUUUUAAAAAGAGAAAUAAAAUAAAUGUUUCAGAUAGAUUAAAUGGCAAUUCAAUUAUUGAUUAUAAGAAAUCACCACUGUUUUUAAAAAGAGAUGAUAAUCAUCUUUCUGAAGUUAUAAAAGAUAUUGCUAAACAAAGUAUGGAUGAAGAGUGA